AUGAAUUCAGACCAUUCACAAUCACCAUCGAUAAAUGGUGUAUAUAUUGCUUAUACCAGUGAAUUAAAUGAUGGUUCAUUUUCUGAGAGUUGGCUACUACCAAUACUGAUAUUAUGUAUCAUUGGUUUUGCUCUAACAAUUGCUAUAUCAUUUUUAUUCGUUUGUUUAUCAUUUAAACGUUUUAAUGGUUUAUAUAUACUGACAAAUCUUCUCAUUUGUUUGGGUGUUAGUCUAUUAUAUAUUAUUAUUAUAAUAUUUCUAGUUCGUGGUACAGAAUUAUUAUGUGGUCUAAGAGAAUUUUUAUCACAAUUUGGCUAUGUUCUUCUAUUUUCAUCAUUUCUCUCACGUUAUAUAAUGCAAUGGCUUGGUGCUAGAAUAUUAUCAAGUAGAACAAAACAAUUUACAGCCAUUUUAAUUUAUCUUCUAUUCAUAUUUAUUCAAAUACCAAUCGGUAUACUUUGGUGGUAUUUUACAAUGCCUCGUUCAUGUCCAAUUUCAUCAAAUGAUAUUAUUAGUUUAGUACGACCACCACCAUUAUUUCCAUUACCUGAUGAAUUUCCAUUUCGUCAACGUUCAUCAGUGACAACAACGCGUAGUUCACAAGACUAUUUAUUUCCAAUAUCAUUAUCAACCGAUCAUAAUAAUAAAGUACAACGUCAUUUAUAUAAAGCACAUGAUUUAGCUUAUAAUAAAUUAUGUUCGUAUCGUUGUAAUGUUGAUUAUCGUUUUUAUGCAACGUAUACAUAUACCAUCAUUCAACUGUUAUUAUGUACAAUAAUAUCAUGUUGUCUAUUUUGUUUUCGAAACAAUUAUAAUUCAUCAGUACCAAAAACAACAAUAUCAUCUGAAACAUAUCAUACAACUACAACCCCGUUAUCUUCAAAAACAUUAAAUUUUUUAACUAUGUUUACCUUUGUACUAAUCGAUUUAUUUUGGUUAUUAUGGACAUUUUUCUAUUUUUUUGCCCAUUCCUACUACGUAUUUCCAGCACUUGUUGGUGGAAUGUUUUCAAUUGCAACCUUAUGUCUUAUAUUUAUACUUAUACCUCAAUUAUAUUAUUAUGCGCAUAUGAAAGUAUCAUCUUCACUAUAUAACAAUAAAUCACAAUCAACCGAUACACAUAUUUUAGAAGUGGGUGAUGGUAAUGGUAGUGGACAAAAACUAAAUAAUAAAAGUAAUACAAAGAAAAAACAACGAAAAAAUAGAAAAUUGACCGAAACAACACAACCAAUAUACAGUGCCGAUACAACUGAUAAUGAUGAUUUAUUACAACCACUAUCAUCUACACAAAAAAAGAGUAAUAAAUCGAAACAUGGAUUACGUAUAGAAAAAUUAAAUAAUAACAAUGAUAGUGAACAAUCAUAUGAAAAUGAAAUUGGUACAAGUGGUACAUUUUUACCGAUAACAACGACACCACGAGGAAUGUUCAAAGUCAAUGAUGAAACAACAAUAAAUAAACAAAAAAUAAAACAUCAAAGUGAAAAUACUAAAAUCAAAGAUGAAAAUAAAGUGGAAACACCGGUAGAAAAAUUAGAUAAAUUAAUUUAUGGUGAUCGUUCGGCUAUCGCUAAUGAGACACGCGUACAUUCAUCGUUAGGUGAUGUUAAUAGUAAAGAAGGAACGUAUCUAAAUGUCCUAAAUAGUCAAUUAGUGUCCACUAGUAUACCAAUAGAAGUUGAAAGACAGCCACCGCAACAAUAUCAGCAAAUAGGACAUGAGGAAUCACUAACAUUACAACCGCCAAUAAUGGGUCUUCAACGUCAGUUGACAUCUUCUUCAAUCGCAUCCGAUUUUCUUACGCCUAUCAUGUAUAAUCCGGUGCAAACAUUAAAUCGGCCACAUCGUUUAUCUCAAGUGAGUACAUCAUUAGCAUCCACUACUGAUUAUGGUGGCAAUGAUUUACGUUCAAAUGUCUACUGGCCUCUAAGACAACAGCAAUCUGAACGACAUGAUCCUAGUUCAUAUCCUGUUCAUUUACGUCAUUAUGAUGAGACAAUAAUUCCAGUUUCAUUACAAGAAGAACAACGCCCACGUACCUCAACACCUCUCCAAAUGUUAAAUAGAACACAUCAUUUUGAUAAUACUCGUCCGUCGAAUAUUUACUAUUCAUCACAGCCACGUCGUGCUUAUUCGGGUACUGAAUUAUCGAUAAAUCCAUGGGCAAAUCGAAGAUAUCGACCACGUUUUCAUCGUGGACAAUAUCCACCUUAUCAUCAUCAUAGUCCUGAACAUUCUGUAACAAAUUGGGCACAACAAUCACGAUUUCGACCUCCAUCAUCACACGAUAAAAUAUUGUAUGUUGAUCCAUAUCGAACAGUACCGUCAAGAAUCGGUGGUAAUACUUGGCAAUCAGUUUUACUAAACGACUCCUCUCAUUAUCCAAAAUAUGAUCAAAUUCUACAUCAAACCGAAAAUAAUACAGAUAAUUUAAAUAUGAGACAAAUUUUUAGUUACGGCGGUCCCACGGAUGAUGGUCGAUCAUUGUCUAGUAGACUUUGGGAUAUAGAUAGUGAAAGUAAUGAUGAUGAGGAAUUACCAACAUGUUUAGAAAAUGAAAAAGAAUCAUGGAAAGAUAAUUCAUCAAAAAUUGAUUCACUUCUAGAUUUUGAUACGAAUAUUAGAACUAAAACUAAACAGCCGUUUAUUGAUGAUGAUAAUGAUAACAAAAGCAACGAUUAUUUAUUGAAAAAUAUUGCACGUCCCGACAGUUUGAGUAACGAUGAGAAUGAUGAAUUAUUAAAAACUGUGGAUGAUGACAUGAGAAAGCCCAAACAUCAUGUUCAAGUAUAG